UCCUUGUUCCCUUGUUUUAUUUUGUUCCUAUUUUCUUUGUAUACACUCCUUCAAGAUACCCUUUUCUUAAUAAGCUGUUUAAGGAUGUCAACAUCAGAUUCCCUAUGGUCCAAUAAGAACCAAGACAGUUACCAUCCACUCACUCGAUCCACUACAACUCAUGGAAGACACACUUCAUCCCCGCAUAUCUAUCUGAAAUCCACUCUCAAACCAGACUGGACAGAAUCAAACACUUCUUAUAUCGAUAUGUUAACAGAAGAAAACGAAGACUGGAUUGACAGUUAUCGACUAAACCAACCUGUUCGCAAGACAAAAUCCAUGCGAGAAACAAAAGAAAAGAAAUCGAGUAUGCCCUUUAUGCACAAGAUCAAACGUAAACUCAGUUUAACAGAUGCGAAACCAAGACGAUCGGUUUCUUCAAGUGUGUUACAUCAAAAACCUGCUCCUGUCCCUGUUCCUCCUGUUCCUUCCUUAGCAGAAUAUCAAGGUUAUGCUCGUCAAACCAGACACCGUUCUUUUACUUAUUCUCCUCCUCCUCCACCUCGUACAAGCAGUUUGGCUUCAUCGUCUGUCCCUGCUGUUCCUCCUUUACCACCACCUCCUAAACUAGAAGCAUUGACCACUCGAAACGCAUUUAAAUCCCAUGAAUUACCUACCCGAAGCAGCAGUCUAUCCAGAAAAUCCAAUUUGACUCGACACCCAUCGACUUCAACAGCAGCCUAUGCCAAGAGUAUCAGUGACGAUCUUGCUCAGAUAGAAAAAGAUAUCCGAGCAUUAGAAAUACAGCGAGACAAACAUUCAUCGCUUGUGAUUGCUGCAGAAAAAAAAGUCAAAGAGCAACAACAAGGUCGUAAAAGAGGAAAGACAUUACCUGGUAGUUUAGCAACUCCUCCUCCUCCACCGCCAACACUUGCUUUACCACCGAUGUUAUUGAAUCCAAUCCAACUGAACUUGCCCAACAAACAAAAGAAACCUAUCCCAAGACAGAGUACGUCUACCAUCACACCUUCCACCAAGACACGUUUGAAACUAUCAGCUUUAAACAGCACUCCUCCUCCUCCUCUUCCUCCCUCUUCUUCUUCUUCAGAUAUUCUUUUUCAGCCAAAUGAAUCCAAAAAACACACGUCUCGGACGCAUGAGAUCCCUAAAGAAGGUGCACGGUCACCUAAAAGUGUCCAGACCUCAUUGAAAUAUUAUGGCCAAUACCUAUCCGACUAUGAGCGUCAAUUGGAGAUCCAUGAUUUCGCCCAUAUUUAUUUUGUAGGUCCACACGCACAGACCAAACAUGGCUCACUCUCGAGUGAAUCCAAUCAUGGGUUUGAUGAUGAUCGAGGGGAUUAUCGUGUUGUGCUUCAAGACCAUUUAGCUUAUCGCUAUGAAGUCUUGAGCGUACUUGGGCGAGGAUCGUUUGGUCAAGUCGUCAAAUGCUUUGAUCAUAAAAAGGCAGAUUAUGUGGCUGUCAAAUUGAUUCGCAACAAAAAACGGUUUCAUGCACAGGCCAUGACAGAAAUCAAUAUCCUAAAAAAGUUGAUUGAAUGGGAUCCUCAAGAUCAAUGCCAUAUGAUUCGUAUGACAGGUCAUUUUUACUUUAGAAACCAUUUGUGUAUUGCAUUUGAGUGUCUAAGUAUGAAUCUGUAUGAAUUUAUCAAAAGUAAUCAUUUUCAAGGCUUUAGUCUCAGUCUGAUUAAAAGAAUUACCCUACAGUUACUUGAAUCCUUGACCUUGUUGGCUCAACAUCAUGUGAUUCACUGUGACCUUAAACCAGAGAAUAUCAUGUUGAAACACCCUGCCAAGACAUGGAUUAAAAUGAUUGAUUUUGGUAGUAGUUGCUUUGAAUCAGAGCGAGUCUAUACUUACAUUCAAAGUCGUUUUUAUCGAUCACCUGAAGUCAUUCUAGGCCUCUCUUAUCACAAAGCCAUUGACAUGUGGAGUGUCGGCUGUAUUGUGGCAGAAUUAUAUACAGGCAUGCCUUUAUUUCCUGGCGAAAAUGAACAAGAACAAUUGAGUUGUAUUAUGGAAAUCAUGGGCUUACCUGAUCGACGUUUGAUUGAACGCUGUUCAAGGCGACAUGUGUUCUUUGAUCCUAUGGGUCAUCCUCGUCUUGUGCCUAAUUCAAGAGGCAAAAAGCGUCUUGUAGGCACUCGUUCACUUCAACAAGCACUUGGAUGUCAUGAUACUGUCUUUAUUGAUUUUGUUGCCCGUUGUUUAUGCUGGGAUCCUUCUAAGCGAAUGUCGCCACAAGAAGCAUUAAACCAUGCUUAUUUAAAGUCUUGAGUUGCCCUGAAUCAUGUAUUGCUGUGUGUAACAUUCGGCUGAAUCGGAAAAAAAUAUAUAUAAAUUAUUUGAACCUGUGACAAUAAAUAAAUAAACACAAAAAAAAAAAA